UAAGAAUUUCCCCCGUAUUUUCCAAAACGCCGGACUCUCCGGCCCGGAAUGCGGAGAGGUGGUUUCCCGAUGUCCGUCGCCGCGCUGGUGAUUCUCCUCCUGGUCGAUGAAGACGUGAAGGCCAGUGGGGAGUUCUGCCACGGCUGGCAGGACUCCCAGGGCGCCUGGAAGGAAGGCUUUCAGUGCCCUGAGAAGAUCGACGCAGCGGACGCGAUCAUCUGCUGCGGGAAAUGCGAGCUGCGCUACUGCUGCGCCAGCAUGGACGCACGGCUGGAUCAGGGCAGCUGCGAGAACUACCGGCAGGCUCCGGAGCCCGGGACAGAGAACAAGGAGAACAAGGACUCCCCAGCAGUGCCCAUCUACGUGCCGUUCCUGAUCGUGGGGUCUGUUUUCGUGGCCUUCGUGGUGGUGGGCUCCCUGGUUGCGGUGUGUUGCUGCCGCUGCCUCAGACCGAAGCAGGAACUGUCGUCAUCAGGGGCCACGGGGGGCGGGGCCAACAGUGGGCGCCUCCUCGAAACCAUCCCCAUGAUGGCCAACACCUCCAGGGGCUCCUCAUCCCGACAGUCCAGCACAGCCACCUCAUCCAGCUCGUCUGCUCCGCCCACCGCUCCCCGCACAGCCCCGGCCGCCGCCCCCCUCAUGCGGGCCCAGGCUUCCUGCUGUCUCCCCCCGGACGCCAGCGUCUACGUCAACAUGCCCACCAACUUCUCCGUUCUCAACUGCCAGCAGGCCACUCAAAUCAUGCCCCACCAGGGGCAGUUCAUGCACCCGCAGUACAUCGGCUAUGCCCACCCUGUUUCCCCAGCAUUUUUAGACCCCACCCAGGGAGGGUACAGACCCCUUCAGUCCCCCUGUCCUCCCACGGCUGGGUCCAGUGACCAGAAAUACCCUCCGGUAACAGUUUGACGAGGGACCACACUGCGCUUUGUUGUAAAAACUGAGGUUUGACCCUUUUGAUGGAUGCUGCAGAAAACUUUCUGCCAGAGUGGAUUAAAAAUGUAAACAUAUUGCUGGCAGAGAAGCCUUACCUGAUAUGGUGUGUGUGUGUGCACCUGUUGAGUUUCAUCUGAUCUUUGAGCUAACCUCGGCCUGUGAUGAGACAAUUCAUCAUAAAAAAGUCUAAACAGAAAGUUGGGAGGUGUGCAGUUUAAAUAAGGUCUGAACGUGCUUGAGCAUGUGAAAUUUGGAUUUUACUCUGAUUUAAAUUUUAAAAAUAAGCUAGGAUCAUGUGUAAAAUGAAAAGAAACAAAGUUAAAAAGAUAGAUUUUUAAAUCCCAAGCCCAUUUAUUCACAAUAGAAUGUAGUAAACAUUUUGAAAAUGUUUUUUUUUCCCCCCCCAAAAAAUGGGGGUAUUUAUGAAAUUUAUGGCAGCAAAAUAUCUAAAAAAAAAAAAAGAAGAAAAAAGUCAACACAGGGCAACAAAAUUGUUAUCAGUGUACGUACAGUCAAAAAGCCAGCCUCUCUGAUGAUAUGGGGGUGCAUUAGUGUCUCUGGCAUGGGAAGCCAGCAUAUCUGGAGAGGACCAUUAAUGCAGAAAAGAGUAUACAAGUUUGAGAAUAUUUGUGCUCAUACUGCCAAAAAAAAAAAAAAA